AUGGGAUCACAAUGCGGUUCAGCUAUACCAGACAAGCGUGAGAUUCCACUUUGUCUGUCUUACGUUAGUAAAACGUCACAAGUUAAGAAUCCUGAAAAUGAAAUCAUGAGCUACUCAUUUUCAAGUACACCCGAACCAGUCAAGCUUGAAGGUGGUGCUCUUCGUGCGGGAGUCGUACCAAGUUUUCUAAGCCUGGAAGGCUUUGGAUUACUCUCUCAAUAUGCUAUCAUUGGCCUUAACUAUGGUCUACUACCAGCCACAAUCUACCCUUUGUUGCAACAAUAUCUGAACGCCACGGGCUCUCAAGUCACCACGGCAUCAACUUUAGUCAUCAUGCCAUGGAGUUUUAAAGCUUUUUACGGCAUCUUGUCCGACUGUGUGCCUAUUUGCGGCUACCGUCGAAAAUCCUGGAUGCUUCUCGGUUGGAUCAUUUGUUUGUCAAUGUUGCUGGUAAUGGCAACGUCAUCGCCUGGUGAUCCCUAUUAUCAAGUUUCGUCCGACCGUACUAUUAAACCAUCUGAUUACACUCCCGAGAUUCGGGCCCGUAUUAACUUCGACGCUGGCAAUCAAGCUGGAAAGUAUGUCAUGCUCAUGUUUUUUGUGGCAGUCGGCUAUGUUGUUGCAGUUGUAUGUACUGAUAGUGUUGUCGUCGACAUUGCUCAACGUGAACCGAUGGACCGACGAGGUAAGACUCAGACAAUUGUUUACAGUGUCCGUACAAUGUUUGUUAUUAUCGGGCAACUACUUGUUGGGUUCUGUUUAAAUGGAGACGAGUAUGGAGGUGAUUUCAAUUUCUCCCUUAGCUUCCCAGAGCUAAUGGCCAUUGUCGCGGCAAUGUCUUCACCCAUUCUACCGAUCACAUGGUUUUUUGUCAAGGAAGAGAAGAAGCCGAGAAUUGCCUUCAAACAAUACAUGAUCGAUCUGUGGGAGCUUCUCCAGAAACGCGCCGUGUUCCAAGUCAUUAUCUACCAGUUCUUCCAAUGUAUGUUUUCCAGCAUCUCGUACACCGCUAGUUCGCCCGUGCAGUCGUAUAUGGUUGGCGUUACUCCUAUCAACAACACAAUCAGUGAGAUCUUUAGUAACGCACUCUUUAUGGGCGGUAUCAUGGUUACAUCGAAGUGGGGUCUGAACUGGAACUGGCGAAAGAUGAUCCUCUUUACAGGUGCAUUCGUCAUCCUUGUAGAUGGCAUCGCGACCUUUCUUACGAUUUGGAAUAUCUUUCGUAGUCAAUGGUUCUGGCUAGGUCUACCGAUGGCUGUACAUCUCCCGUUGGGUGUUGGAUGGAUGGUUAGCGACUUUGUGAUCGUCGAGCUAUCUGGCGUCGGCAAUGAAGGUGCGAUCUUCGGCCUUCUCACGAUGGUCGGCAAUCUUGCGGCUCCAUUUGCCCAGGCUUUGACGCUGGUGCUCGAUCAGCCGUUCAACCUUACCACGGCUCGUAUCCAGGAAGACGACAACUCGAUCCGAACCGACCUCACCUAUGCGGUGUUAAUCAUGUAUGGCAUGACAAUUAUCUCCUGGUCGUUCUUAGUAUUCCUUCCACGUCAAAAGGAAGAGACUCAGGAGAUACUUCGUACAGGUGGCAGCAGUAAAAUGAUGGGCGUUUUUACUAUUAUCUACGUUUCAAUCGCGUUCGUGUGGGCACUGAUGACCAACAUCAUGGCCAUGUUCGAAUCGACAUCGUGCCUUGUUAUUGCCGGUGGCAAAGGCUGCUAA